AUGCCUGCCUCUACCGCGGAGCGCCCCUGGUGGGGCGAGUUCGUGUGCUCCGGAAGUUCUGCGGUCCUCGCUUACGUCUUCACGAACCCGGUGGACGUCGUUAAAACCCGCAUGGCGCUGCAAGGCGCCAGAGCAGCACUCGAACAGCCACUGCCACGUUGCCACCCCUACCCGUCUGUGCUGUCGGCGCUGUGGCAGAUCGGCCGCGCCGAGGGCGUCGCCGGCCUGCAGCGCGGACUCUAUCCGGGAUGUUUCUGGCAGUUCAGCAACGUGAGCGUCCGCUUCGGCGUGUACGCAACCUUCAAGCGCCUCUCGGGCACAGACGAGACUGCGUCGCCGCUCCGCAAGUACCUGCAGAGCCUGGGGCUCGCCGGCAUCUCCGGAGGCCUCGCCGCGCUGGCCUCGAACCCGUUCUUCAUCGUCAAGACGCGUCUGCAGGCCCCCAGCAGCAGCGGCGCCCUCGCCGUCGGCCAGCAGCAUGCCGCUGCUUCCGGCGCGGUCGGCGGCGCACUCGCAGCGAUCGUCCGCGCCGACGGCUUGCCGGGGCUGUUCCGCGGCCUCUCGGCCUUCGCGCCGCGUGUGAUUGUCGCGUCGGCCGUACAGCUGUCGACGUACGACACGGUUAAGGGGUGGGUGGUCUCGUCGUGCGGCUUGCGGCCCGACCAGCUGCUCACGCACGUCGCGUCCUCCUUUGUGACGGGCGCCGCCGUCGUGGCCGCGAUGCAGCCGUUCGACUUCGCCGCGACUCGCCUUGUCAACUCGCCCUCGGCCGCUGAGGCGGGCGGCGGCGGCGCCGCCGUAUAUUCGUCGCCGUGGGACGUGAUGCGGAAGACGGUCGCGUCGGAAGGCGUGCUUGGCCUGUACAGCGGGGGCACGGCCAACUACCUGCGCUUCGGGCCGUAUUGCGUCCUCGUCUUUGUCUUUGUGGAGCGGGCGCGCGUGCUCGAGGCAGCCGUGCUGGAGCGGUUGCGGAGGUGA